CUCCGGCGAGGGGGACGAGAUAGGGGACGGACAGCGACGGCCGCGAUUCAACAAUGGAGGUCUUUGUGUCUCAAAAUUUAGAGUUACUACAAGAAGAAAGGACAGCUGAAAUUGAAGAAACCAGGGAAUGGCAGGAAAAUGUCUCUGUGAAAAAACUCCAGCAACGAGGAGUAUGUCUGGUGAAGCUUCAGGUGGCAAGCCAGAGAACUGGACUGUAUGGACGCUUACUUGUCAGCUUAGAACCGAGAAAGUAUGAAGCCAGCGCAACAUUGCCCAGCAAUAACUUUGGUCCUGGGGACAUUGUGGGUCUAUAUGACAACCAAGGCUCCACUCCAUUGGACCAACUUGCAUCCGGUGUUGUCACACGCAUCACCCAAAAAUCAAUUACCGUAGCCUUUGAUGAAUCCAGUGAUCAGCUAAACUUUGAUGGUGAUUCUUCCUAUAAACUUUUGAAAUUGGCUAAUGACGUCACCUAUAAGAGAAUGAAAAAUGCUUUAAAAGCCUUAAACCAAUAUCAUGCUGGACCAGCCUCUAAUCUCAUAGAUGUCUUGUUUGGUGCUUCCGAGCCAGGCUCUCCAUCAGCAAGUCAAAACAGCCAGGAGUUGUACAAUCCUCGUCUAGAUGACUCUCAAAAAGAAGCUGUAACUUUUGCACUGUCGCAGAAGGAAGUGGCAAUUAUCCAUGGCCCUCCUGGCACUGGGAAGACAACCACAGUUGUAGAAAUAAUUCUGCAAGCUGUGAAACAAGGCUUGAAGGUACUUUGCUGCGCUCCCUCUAAUGUUGCUGUUGACAACCUUGUAGAGCGUCUGGCACAAAUUGAAGAGAAGGUCCUGCGUUUAGGUCACCCUGCACGACUGCUUGAGUCUAUACAUCGCCACUCUCUGGAUGCAGUGUUGGCACAUGGAGAUAACACCCAAAUAGUAUUGGAGAUCAGAAAGGACAUUGAUCAGGCUUUUGUAAAGCACAAAAAAAAACAGGACAGAGGAAGAAAGUCCACUUUCAUAGUCAAGAGUUUGAGAAAGGAGCUGAGAUCGAGGGAAGAGGCAGCUACAUCACAGAUAUUAAAAAAAGCCAGUGUCGUCUUGGCAACUAACACAGGUGCUUCUGACGAUGGUCCAUUAAAACUCUUGCCGAAUGAUUAUUUUGAUCUUGUGGUGAUUGAUGAGUGUGCACAGGCACUAGAAGCAAGCUGCUGGAUACCGUUAAUGAAGGCUCCAAAAUGCAUCCUGGCUGGAGAUCACAAACAACUUCCUCCUACCAUUAUUUCUCGCAAGGCUGCAGCUAAAGGCCUAUCACUCAGCUUGAUGGAGCGACUAAUCCAGAAGUAUGGUGAGCAGGUUGUGAGAAUGCUGACUGUGCAGUAUCGAAUGCACAAUGCUAUAAUGCAAUGGGCUUCCAAACAGAUGUACGGAGGACGACUUGUUGCUCACAAGAUGGUGGCAACACAUCUUCUAAUGGAUCUGCCUGGGGUUGAUUCUACAGAAGAGACGACAAUUCCACUGCUUCUCAUUGAUACCUCAGGAUGUGGUCUGCUUGAAAUUGAUGAAGAAGAUGAACAAUCCAAAGGAAAUAAGGGUGAGGUCGAAAUUGUGACAAAGCACCUUCAAGCCCUGAUUGAGGCGGGUGUCCAUCCAAAGGAUGUUGCUGUGAUAGCACCAUACAAUCUGCAGGUACAACUCCUGAGAAAAGAACUGUCGAACAAGUACCCUGAGCUGGAAAUUAAGUCUGUAGAUGGAUUUCAAGGAAGAGAAAAGGAGGCUGUUGUUUUAUCCCUUGUUAGAUCCAAUAGAAGAGGUGAAGUGGGCUUUCUGGCUGAAGACCGAAGAAUAAACGUGGCAGUAACUCGCGCACGCCGCCACCUGGUGGUGGUGUGUGAUGCCCGCACGGUCAGCACCCACCCCUUCUUGAAGUCCCUGGUGGACUACAUGACGGAGCACGGGGAAGUGCGCACUGCCUUCGAGUACUGCGAUGACGUGGUGUCAGAGAACUACGUGCGACCGGUCCUUCCAGCUGAGCAAAGGAGGGCAAAAGAUUCUUUGGUGCAAAAAAAUGACAAGAGCCCAAAUCGUGACAAAAGCACGGUGGCUGAAAAAAUGCAUAAAGACCCUGCUAAACAUUGCAGUCAGAAAAAGGAUGCAGAUCGGGAUAGUUGCAUAAUGCACAAAGAGAACAUCGGUUCAGAAACAGUAGAGAAAAGUGCCAAAACUACAAAUGUAAAAGAUAACUCCGAGAAACUCAAGGAACAAAUAUUGCGAUUUAUAGAAGAUAGCGCAAUGAGUAAGCUUGAGUUCCCUCCAUCGCUGAACUCUCAUGACCGUUUGUUAGUCCAUCAACUAGCAGAAGAGCAUGGCCUUGAUCAUUUUAGUAUCGGUGAGAGCAAGGACAGGUUUAUAGUUGUGGCUAAAUCGUGUUUCUCAGAAGGACAAAGACAGCUCAAGUGCCAAGUGGAGCAAAAGUGGCUGGAUGUGCCUCUGAAUAUCCCUCAAAUAUCCAUGGAAAAUGAAAAAGGGCAGAUCCUUACUGAGAAGGGAGAACCCCAGGAGUUUACCUCUUGUGUUUCUCAGUCUAAGCUGGAUUUAAAGACUCUGUAUAUUGAAAGGAUACAGCGGGAACAAGCCAGGAGGGAGGAGAAAGCAAUACAGAAGCAAAGCUUCAGUACCACUGCGUCUCUGAAGUCAAAAAAUAAAAAACAUGGGAAAACCAAAGAAGAAAGUGGUGUGGAAGAGGAUUUUGAUGCCCUCAUUGCAGCAUCUAUAAAAGCAAAUAGUAUUUGUGCAUUUUUAAAGUGCAAUGGAAGUAUUCUCACCAUUGGCCAACAUUGCAUCCACUGUAACAAGCACUAUUGUCUCAGCCAUCACAUCCCAGAGGUUCACGGGUGUAGUGCGCAGGCCAAAGCUCAUGCCCGGAAAGUCAUCAGCCGAGAAGGCGUCCUCUAUGCAGGCAGCGGCACUAAAGACAAGUCAUUGGAUCCAGUGAAGAAGGCUCACCUCCAAAGAAAGCUGGGGAAGAAGAUCGAUCAGCUGGCUAAUCAGCGAAGUGCCAAAAAGGAAAGUAAAAAAUGAAGUAAAAACGCAGUAUCAUAAAUUUAAAUAAGUAGCCUAAAUAUUGUAUAUUUAUUUCAAGAGCUUCCCUAUAUUGUAAAAAUAACUCUUAGGAAACAGUAAUGUAUAUUUUUGAUCACCAAUGGAAAGGACUCCAAAAUAAUUAUGAAAAUUAACUUUGGCAUUGCUCCAGAUGAUAGUGUCGCAGUGCUGAGCUACACAAUUUCUCAUCCUUGUACUGCCAGCAGCAGUUUGAAAAGCCAUGAGAGCAAUUAAAAAAAAAUCUAGUACUGCAAAUAAUAAUCCAGGCACUAAAUCCAGAAUAGACACAAAAAUGCUGGAGUAACUCAGCGGGACAGGCAGCAUUUCUGGAGAGAAAGAAUGGGUGACAUUUCGGGUCGAGCCCCUUUUCCAGUCUAAAGUCUAAACCCAUUCCUUCUCUUCAGAGAUGCUGUCUGUCCCGCUGUGUUACUUCAGCAUUUUGUGUCUGUCUUUGGUUUAAACCACCAUCUACAGUUCCUUCCUACUAAUUCCAGUAUGAUGGAUAGCCGGAAAGGCGAUAAUUUACACCAUUCAGUCUUCAUUGGUCAUUAUUGUUGAUGGUGAUCUGACUUUGUUUGGAAUCAUUUGUAAUGUAAUGAAACCUAAUAUAGUCUGAGCUACUGAUUUCCAAAAUGUCCUGCUGAUCAGUAAAUGUAUUAUAAAUAUUUGUCAGUACCAAUCUACAGAUUUAUCUAUUUUUCCCCCCCAAUAAAGAAUUAAAUCCACUAAUUCCCUGCUGUGCUGUUCUGAAUGUGAAAGCUAUUCAUUAACCACCAGACUUACAGGCUUCUGUAGUUGCCUGAAGAGAUAACAUUGAUUUCAGGGAGAACAUAAACAUCGGACUUAAAUAAUUAUUUCAAACUCUUGAUUGUCAUUGUGGCAGGCGAAAUGCAAGCCUACAAUUAUUUGCUACUGUCACAAUUAAAGCAGUGCGAUGGUGAGUAUGUGAAUUAUUUACCUUUACAACUUUGAUGUGAUAUGACUGUGUAACUACAUUUGUAUGUUGGGCAAAGAAUUGAAUAUCUAGACCUGCAAAUUCAUUUCAAUAAAAUGUAUACAUUUUGAAACAAAUGCUUGGAUAUUGCCAGUGAAAUGGUGAUAUAUUCAGUGCUUGUGGUCCUUACACAGUUAGACUGGUACAGUAGCUACUUAUGAAGUGUGAAUUUGUACAGUUACUGCCCGUCAUUUCCCAAUCCUCCACAGGGUGUGCUGUUCUGCAGGCUUCUGCUAAAUUUCCAGCCAUCGGAUUUUAUUUGUGAAUUGUAAUUCCCUUGUACUUCAAAUAUUCAAAAUAAAAUCAUUUAUUUUAUUUGUUAAA